AUCUGAGUUCCAAAGGAAAAAAUUAAACACUCUGUGAAGUUUUUGACAGGUGUAUUUUAAAUUGAAAAGUUUAUUUAAUUAGAAAACAAAAGAUAAUGAUCGUCUUCACUUAACCGAAACGAAGCAUGAUUUUGUCUACACUUUGUGAAAAUGACUUGAGACUAAACACUAUCACAAAAGAAGAAACUUAUAAUGGCAGAGAUAAUUCCUGAUAUAACUUAGGAAUAUUUUAAGGACAGCUGUGUUCUAUGGAUGAUACGACUGGAUGCAUUAUUCUUAUUAUAUUGUUGUCACUCAUAAGAUCAACAAUUUCAGCAACAUGCGGAACUUCUGGUACGACAGUUGGUGAAUCGGAUCCCAAUUCUUUUAAGAACUCUGUAGGAUCGGGAUCAAAUGUCGGGUAUCUGGUGGAGGACCCGGAUUACCAGGUGGGCUGUUGUGGGAUUGUCUACCAAUGGGAGUUUUACGCCAAAAGAACCGGGAACCUUGACUGUCAGAUCUGGAGGAAAACUUCCGCCAACCAGUACACACUAGUCGGCAAAAAUAGGAUAAGUCCCGGAUCCAUUCAAGAAUAUCUAUAUACAGUACCACCAGCUGAUAGCAUCAGUGUUAAACCAGGGGAUUAUAUAGGAUGGUACACCAGCGCAACAGAAAUGGUCUCAUACAACGCAUUAAGCACUUACCCGAUUCUAAACAGACGUAAGACCAGCUUGGGGGACAAGAAUACAGGAGACAUCGUGGACUGGAGCAAUGUUAACCCCGAGUCGACCGGAAGUAACCGCCAGUAUGCCAUCAGAGCCAUCGUCAAAAAAGGAAACACUCCGCAGUUUUCUUUCGGAACCUCUACUACUGUGACUGUUCCGGAAUCCACUACUUCUGGUGCAGCGGUGUACGUGUUUACAGUGACAGACGCUGACCCCCAGGACACACUGACCAUGGAGCUGGUCUCCACGGACAACUCCUUCUUUACUCUCGAUGUUACUAACAAACAAAUCGUGACAACACAAGCAGACAUUCCAGACCAGGCUGCUUACGUCAUGGAGGUCAAAGUCUACGACGAUUGCCGUCUGACACAAACAGGAACCGUUACUCUGACAGUACCUAACACGGCAUUGACGAUCGAUAAUCUGCCGAACACGGGAUCAGUGGACGAGGAGGAAACCUCCGAACGGAAGUUGCUAGAUUUGACCGUCACAGAGCUGAACGAUGGGUACACUUGUACCCUGGUCACGUCCAGUGUACCAUUCAUCGUAAAACAAGUCAACACGGCAAAUCCAACGUACGGCGUGUACUUGAUUGACUGGCCCCAGUUGAACUACAACACACGUUCUAGCUACAGUCUAAGUAUUGAGUGCGAGGACGGAUUGGCAACAGCAAGCGGGACAUACACCGUGAACGUCAACAAAAACAACAACCCUACCAUUGACAACACAAACUGGAUUGUUUCACUUAAUGCACUUACGGCUAAAACGAGUGACGUCAUAUUCACUGUGAGUACAACGGACGCUGACAGCCCACAAGUGACGUAUUCUAUCUCAUGUACGCCCACUGGAUGCCCAUUUGAUAUCCUGAACUCUGGGAAAGUAGUUUUAACUGAUCGUCUGCUUCGACACUCCAGAGCAGGCUAUAAUGUUGACGUCACAGUCUCAGACGGGCGAAAUACCGUUGGACCAAGAACUAUUGAUGUAACGAUAUCCAAUAUAAAUGAUGACCCUGUUUUAACAAACCUUCCUACAUCCAUUAAUGUGUUGGAGAACUCGGCCCUGGGAACUUCGGUUUUCCAAGCUUCUGCGACGGACACAGAUUCGUCAGAUCCGAAGGUGUUUAGAGCGUCCUUCAAUAAGGACUGGGCUGACAAGUAUUUCAGAGUAGACAGUUCAACUGGUAUAGUGUAUACCUCCAGCAGUAAUAACAUAGACUACGACAUUCUCCCUAACCCGCCCUCCUUCCUGAUGUACAUCACGGUGACAGACGGUAAAUGGUACGACACCGAGCACCUGUCAAUUCAGAUUCAGAAUGUAAACGAGGCUCCCGUGUUCUCUCAGACUCACUACUCCACCUCCAGAACAGAGGGAACGGAUGGCAGUGCCUUUCCUACUCCGAGGUAUAACGUUUUUGAUCCAGACAGUGGUAGUGGUGAUACAAAAACAUAUUCUUUGGAUUGUGGAACCGAUACUUAUCGGUUUUCAAUUGCAUCGGGCUCUGGCGCUAUCAGCUUUAAGGGGGAUUAUACUCUUGAUGAUGGCACCUCACCGGAAGAGGUUAACUGUACUGUAACGGUCACAGAUACUGCGGGACUGACCGAUACUUGUGACUUAACUCUGCACAUUCGUCAUAAUAACGAUUUUCCUCCUACAUUUCCUUAUUCCAGUUACGCUGUUACGGUUCAAUCGUAUGAAAUUGUUGGGAAAAUUGUGCAAACAAUACAAGCUGUUGAUCAAGAUCUCUCUUCACACAAUCACGGCAGAUACUCCUAUUCUCUAUCUCCUAACACCCGUUUCGAUGUACUACAAAAUGGAAGCAUAUAUAUCAAAGACCUAAGUGGCCUUUAUAAUACUGCGGCGACAAUUACACUUACACUAGCUGUAAGUGAUCUGGCGGGUCGCUCCACGUCAGUUCCGGUUGUAGUAACUAUUCCUAGAUAUUUCACCACGGAUUCUCCGUAUUCCACAGACCGUCCGUAUUCCUUCUUGGAGAAAUCCACCGAUAUGGCGUGGUUUGUUCCAUCUAUGGUCGGAGGCUUUUUCUUCAUUACUUUCAUAGGCUUCUCUUGCUAUUUAUGCACUGUGGAUUGUAAAUGCAGAAAGCCGAGGUGUGAUUGCUGUAAGAGAAAGAAAGUAUGGCGACCUAAACCUGUUCAGGUGGUAUUGCCUAAGCCGAGAGAAUUACCGGCAGAGAGACCGAAGCCAAAGGAACCUCCUCCAAAGCCCAAACCUGUGAAAGAAAAACCCGCUCCAAAACCGGAAGUACCGCCUCCAAGAGUACGCUCCCCUGUCGAGGAGAGAAUUGAUGUCACGUCCCCGAUAAUUAGAAUGUCACCACAUCCAAAACCAAACAGAGACUUCGAAUCAAAGGCCCCAGCUCCUGCUAAACAGUUCAGUCCGCCCCCACCUUACUUCUCUAGACAAGGGACGGUAACUGCAGAGGUGCACAAUUCAAAUAGAGGCUGGACUAACUCUAGUGAUGACCACAGUACAUACAGGGGGUACCAUACCCAUCACAGAGAAGGUUUAAGUGAAGAUCGUCACUUUGUGGAAAUUGAAGAAGAGAAAACACAGAAACCAAAAAAGACAUAUGAAUUUUGGACAGAUAUGACACACAAUUAAAAAAAAUCUUUGAACACUGAGUGGAAUCAGAGAAAGACUGUAUUUUUCAUCUUUCCUAAUGCUAGAUAUUAUUAAGGGUAUAAAAGCUGAAUUAGGAAAGAAGUAUUCCAGUAAAAAUAUCAUUCUAUGUUUUAAAAGGCAUUCUUUAUGAUACAAACUCCAAAUCAAAUAUAUUGUAAUACUCAAACCACUAUCACUCCUCUCUAAAUGACAUUAAAAUU